AUGGGAUCUAUCUCAUCUUCCAAGCGUCUCCGCGUUGGCGUUGAUGUUGGUGGCACGAACACUGACGGAGUUGUGAUCGACCCUUCAAGAGUAUCAGAGCCUGAUAAAGGCAUUAUGGCAUGGCACAAAGCAGCAACAACCACGAACCCUAGUGACGGCAUUAGCGAUGCCAUCACCACAAUGUUUACUACGGCCAAAAUCAGUCCAGGCGAUGUUGCCAGCGUGAUAAUUGGAACAACACACUUUGUCAACGCUGUUAUGGAACGGGAUGCCAACCGGCUAUCGAAAGUAGCUGUCAUCCGUCUAUCAGGGCCAUUCGGGAAACACGCGCCCCCGUGUGUAGAUUGGCCGGAUGAUAUGCGCGAACUUAUCCUCGGCUACUACGCUUUCGCCAAAGGUGGCCUCGAAGUUGAUGGAUCCUUGAUCAGUGACAUUGAUGAGGCCGAGCUAAGAUCCUACUGUAAGGAGAUCAAGGAUCGUGGGAUUAAGAGCAUUGUUGUGAACGGUGUCUUCAGCCCUAUUGACACCGUUGAGCGACAAGAAGAGCGUGCAGCCAAGAUCAUCAGAGAUGAGAUCCCUGGUUGCGACUUGGUGUGCUCUAAUGAAGUUGCGAACCUCGGUUUCCUGGAGCGAGAGAACGCGGCAGUUCUUAAUGCGUCAAUUCUGAGCUUUGCAAGGAAGACAAUCCGAUCUUUCCAAGAGCCGGUGAAGAAACUUGGUCUCGAAUGCUCGGUCUUUAUCACACAGAAUGACGAGACGCUUCUCUCUGGAGAGAUGGCCGCCCGCCUCCCAAUCAGAACCUUCUCUAGCGGUCCGACAAAUAGUAUGAGAGGAGCAGCUUUUCUUGUCGGAGAAGGGUUCAACGAGGCUAUCAUGGUUGUUGACAUCGGUGGUACAACUUCAGAUGUUGGUCUCUUGUUAGCAAACGGAUUCCCGAGACAGCAGGCGGCAUAUAGCGACCUAGCGGGAGUUCGAAUGAACUUUUCGUGUCCCGACGUCAAGAGCAUCGCGCUGGGCGGUGGUUCUAUUGUUCGCAAGGGCGAUUCCAUGACUAUUGGCCCCGAUAGUGUUGGCUACAAGUUAACGAAGGAAGCCGUGGCAUUCGGUGGUCAAGUUCUCACGACGACAGACUGCACAGUGUUAUCCGAUCCGACCAUGGCCGUUGGCAAUCGAGACUUGGUAGACGGGGCUCUGACAAAUGAAGAGAUGGUAAGAUUCAAGUCCAUUGUCAAACAUAAGCUAGAGAAGGUAAUCGACAUGAUGAAGACCUCUCCUGGUGAUGUUCCUGUACUCCUUGUUGGAGGCGGGGCGAUUAUUGCACCCGAUGUACUGGAGGGCGCAAGCAAGGUUAUCAAGCCCAAGUUUGCCGAGGUUGCCAACGCCAUCGGGGCAGCGACUGCUCGUGUAAGCGCCGUUAUUGAUACGGUGAAAUCGACAGAGUCAAAGACUACGGCACAAUUGUUGGAGGAAAUCUCUGCUGAGGCGGUUGAGAAAGCCGUGGCUGCUGGUGCUUUGUCGGAUUCCGUUACGAUCGCCGAGAUUGAAACAAUUCCCCUACAGUACAUCGCCAACAGAUCAAGGUUCAUUGUUCGUGCCGCCGGCGAUUUUGACUACUCUAGGACAGACUUGGCCACUGUACCCGCUACUAGCCAAUAUGUGGACGAUUUGGAGAUGAGUGCAUACGAAAAAACAGCCAAGGCAAAGACCGAAAAAGUAACGUCUGAGUUUCAGAGUGAAGCCGACCUACUCGCAUAUCGGCCUGACGUCCGAGAGCGAGUCUGGUUCAUCAAUGAAACAGACUUGGGCUGGAUCUCCACUGGAUGCUAUAUUCUCGGCAGCGGAGGUGGAGGAUCUCCAUAUGCCCAAAUGAUAGGCCUUCGUCAGUUGCUUCGGGCCGGCGCCGUGGUUCGGGUUGUCAACCCCUACGAUCUGCCGGAUGAUGCUUCGGUGGGCUGUGGCGGUGGAAUGGGCAGUCCGACCGUUAGUAUUGAGAAAAUAUCAGGCGAUGAGAUGAUGGAGGCUCAAACUGAGCUUUACAAGAUCUGUGAGAAGCGCCCAACUCAUAUGAUUGCGCUGGAGAUUGGCGGAGGAAACGGAUUACAAGGAAUGAUUCUCGGAGCAAGCCUUAAUAUGGACAUUCCCUGUAUCGAUGGCGAUUGGAUGGGCAGAGCUUAUCCCGAAAAGAGUCAGACAACACCCGUCGUCUUUAACGAGAGAUGUCCGGUCUGGUCCCCCGUAGCUAUGGCUGAUGGAAACGGGAACGUGGUAAUUAUACCAAAAGCGACGUCUGAUCUGCAGGUAGAGCGCGUACUACGUGCCGGGUUGAGCCAAAUGGGCUCGCAGACUGGCUGUGCAGACUCUCCUGUGACAGGCGCCGAGAUGAAGAGGUGGGUUGUCCAGCAUACCAUAUCUCUCUCUUGGAGGAUUGGGAGGGCCGUAAGCAGAGCCCGAUUGACCAACCGGGUCGACAAUGUUGCGGAGACAAUUAUCCAUGAAUGUGGAGGGCCUCAAGCAGCCAAGGUCAUCUGGAAGGGCAAGAUAGUGGGCGUUGAACGAACGCUCCGUAUGGGGCACGUUUAUGGAGAGUGUAUCAUCGAAGGAGCCGAUAUCGUUGAGCGUGACGAUCCCACACAAGAGAACCAGACGCAGUUCAAGGGUUUUAUCAAGAUCCCCUUCAAGAACGAAAACAUCGCAGCCGUCAGAAUGGCAUCGUUAAAGGAUGUAUUACGAACAGAGAAGCAGGAAGACGUUCUGGCUAUUGUUCCGGAUUUAAUAGCUGUGAUUGAUGCUCAGAGUGGCGAGGCCAUCGGAACACCGGAAUAUAGAUAUGGCUUGCUUGUUGUCGUUCUUGGGAUAACAGCUAGCGACAAAUGGACCGGCACUCAGAGGGGUAUUGAUAUCGGGGGACCGAAGGGCCUGGGCAUACCACAUCUAGAGUAUGAACCCCUUGGAAAGUUUGUUACGCCGCCCAACAUGAGCACGGUCCGUGAUGUCCACUUUAUGAAUCGAUGGUCCCUCUUCUCAAGUGCGAGGUCUCUGGGUGCCUUGAUUCCUUCGUCCAUUCCUUUGCCGGCUUCAACUUUGAACUCGACAUAUUUUCGACCUCUGGUUACUCGGACGAUGCAGAUCCCCACGCUUCCGCUCAGGGAUGGCACUGCUAUUCCCAUGCUUGGAUUCGGCACUGGGACCACUUGGUACAAGGACAACCCAGAAGAUCCUCUGAGUCCGCAGCUCGUUGAACUCUUAAAAGCAGCCCUUGCGCAGGGUUACGUCCAUAUCGAUACCGCAGACUCAUACGGAACCGAACGAGAAGUUGGUCUGGCAAUACAGCAAAGCGGCAUUCCACGAGAGAAGCUCUUCGUCACUACUAAGGUUCAAGAUGGAUGGGAGAAUAUUCCAGCGGCUCUGGACGCCAGCCUUGAGAAACUUGGGUUGGAAUAUGUGGAUUUAUACCUUUUGCACAACCCGUACGUAAUCGGUUCCAACGAAGGUAUACAAGCAGCAUGGAAGGGACUUGAAGCCGUCAAAGCGCAAGAAAAAGCCAAGUCUAUUGGCAUUUCCAACUUCCAAAGGCAUCACAUCGAAGCCCUUCUCGAGACAUGCACUAUUAAACCGGUUAUCAAUCAGCUAGAAUUCCAUCCCUAUCUCCAACGCGCCAAUAACUUUUUGCCUUGGAUGCGCGAACAUGGCAUUGAGGUAUCGUCCUUCAAAAGUCUGGCGCCAAUCACUGUGGGCAAAGGAGUGCCACUCGAGGAUCCCUCGCCACUUGACGAGCUUCUUCCAUCACUCGCAGGAAAGUAUAGGAUGCCAGAAUCUGCGUCUCACCUCAAGGAGUACAUCAUUGCUACUGAAGUGAAGCUGGAACCGGCAGAUGUAGAGGAAAUCAGCCAGGAGGGGUUCAAGCAUCACUUUAGAUGGUGGGGAAAGAAAUUUUUCGAACCUGACGAUAGAUCUUAG